AUGAAUUGCAAUUAUCAUAUUCAAAAUCAAAUAUCAUUUAUAUGUUUAGCACCUCACAAGUGUUAAAAUUAAAGGAAAUUGUGUGAUGAAUGCUUUUAAGAACAUGGAGUGGAGGUGUAAUUUCUAAUUCCGAUAAAUGGAUUACAAGAAAUAGUUAAGAAGAAAUUUUAAGAAUUGAAGUUGGGAGAUAUUUCUGAAAUAUCUGUAUAGAGAAUAAAUUUUAAAUCCAUGCUCUCCCAAAGCCAAAGUAAAUUUAAGCAAAUUUUGGAUUAAUUUUCAGAAUCAGCCUAAUAUAUAUUCGAUAUGAUUGAACUAUAAACCAAAUCAUACGUUCAUCUAAUUAACUAAAAUAUUAACCCAGCAGAAUUAUCAAAUUAUGACUUAGAAAUAUUGAUAUAAAUUUUAAAAGGGGAAAGCAUAAAUGAUUGGAUAGAAUAGAAAAAUAUUUAUUUGAAUAAAUUGGAAGAAUUAAAAGUUUAUUGGGAUCAAGAAGAAAAGUUAUUUAUUAGCAAUAUUUAAGACAAAUUGAGAGGAUUGCUUUCAAUAAAUGAGUAAUAAAGUAGUAAAUUUACAGGAUAAACCAAAGAAAUCUAAAAGAGUUAUUUUUAAUUCAAAGCUUUAUAAAUUACAACAACAGAACAAAUGUCUCGAAACGAAAAAUAAAAUUUUGUUAAAGAUAAUUCUAAUUUAAGAAUAGAUUCAAUAAUAGAAGAUAAAAGAGAACCAGAGGAUUUAACAAAUUUAGAAUAAAUCCAACAUUUGAAGUGGGUUGGUAAAUAUGGACAAAACAAUAAAAAAAUCGGUUUAUGGGAAGCAACAUGGUAGGGUGAAAAAAUUUAGAGGGUUGGCGGAGAGUACUCUUUUGAUGGGAAAAAAUAAGGCAAAUGGAUAGAAAUAAUAGAAAAUUAUUAGAUUCUAGCCUAAGUUUUUAAGGUAGGUGAAUAUGUAAGGGGUUAAAAAAUAGGAUUUUGGAAAUAUGUUUAUGAAAAUAAGGAGAUGUAUAAAUUGAUUAAUUAAUUCAAUAACAAUAGAGGUGGAGGAGUCUAUAGUACAGAAGGGUUGAAGAUUGGAAAAUGGAUAGAGUUGAGUAAAGGUUUUUGGAAAUAUUCUUAAGUAACUCAUUAAGGCGAAUAUCACAAUGGUAAAAAGGUUGGUAGAUGGGAUAUUUUUAAUAGAAAAUAUAGAAGUGGUUCAUCUUCAAAAAUUUUUUAAUAAAAUAAUAAUUUGGAAAAACAAUAUAUUAGUGGUGGCGGAUCAUACGAUGAAGCAGGUGCAGAAUUCAAGAUUGGGUAUUGGGUAGAAAUGAUGGAUAUACUUAAUUCUGAUUGUUAGAUAAUGACUAGUGGUCGAUAUCAAAAUGGGAAAAAAAUUGGUAGAUGGAACUUGUACAAUAAAAAAUCUUCAAUGUAAAAAAAAAUAAUAACAAUAUUUUGGAAAAAAUUAUAUUAGUGGUGGUGGGUCAUAUGA